GGCGCCCCGGCGCGGGAGGCGAGCGAGAGCUGCGGCGCGUGGGGAGGCGCGUGGGAACGGCGUGGGAGCCGCAUCCGAACCGAGCAGGCACCGGGACCGCGCGGCGUCGCCGUCCCCGGCCGGGCCCGGCCCCCGCGAGCCGAGCGCGCCCCCCCGUCGCCCACCCGGGCGCGGCUGGAUGCGGCAGGGUCCCCGCGGCGGCGACCCCCGGCCCCGAGCGCCCGGAGCGCCCAGAGGCGGCGUGCGGGGCCCGGGGACGCCGCGCCCUCCAUGCGCCGAGGCGCGCCCCGAGCCAACCGGGGGCCCGCGCCGCAGCCGCCGCCCGCGCUGAGCCCCGGCCCGGCCCGCGGCCCGCGCCCGGCGGCAGCAUGAGCCAGGCCGAGCUGUCCACCUGCUCCGCGCCGCAGACCCAGCGCAUCUUCCAGGAGGCGGUGCGCAAGGGCAACACGCAGGAGCUGCAGUCGCUGCUGCAGAACAUGACCAGCUGCGAGUUCAACGUGAACUCGUUCGGGCCAGAGGGCCAGACGGCGCUGCACCAGUCGGUCAUCGACGGCAACCUGGAGCUGGUGAAGCUGCUGGUCAAGUUCGGCGCCGACAUCCGCCUGGCCAACCGCGACGGCUGGAGCGCGCUGCACAUCGCGGCGUUCGGCGGCCACCAGGACAUCGUGCUCUAUCUCAUCACCAAGGCCAAGUACGCGGCCAGCGGCCGGUGAUGCCGCCGCGCCCCCGGCCCUACCCGGCCGCGCCCCGCCCCGCGCGCGUCGUUUCUGCUGUACCUUCCCGCCAACUACCUCGGUGUGCGCCGGGUCGAGGCCCCGCCGGGAGGCCGCGGCCGCGGCCGCGGCGCGUGCGUCCGGCCUGCCCCGGGGUCCGGCAGCUCCGCCGCCGAGCGCCUCCCCGCGGCCGCGCCGGGCCCAGUCGGGCCGCCGCAGCUUCCCACGGCCCCCGCCCGCCGCCCGCCGCCUCGCGGGUGGGGGCGGGGCGCGGACUCCAGCCCCUUUUGAAAUUUGAGUCUCGCAACCAGCAAGCCCGGAAUCCCGAGAUACCGGAUCCUCCGCGCGAAACGUGUCGUCCCGAAGGUGGAAGGCGGGCGGCGGGGGCGAGGCGGACUCGGAGCGCCCCGCUGCCGCCUGCAGGACCCGCCCGGCGCCGAGGAGCAGCCGCCGGGCCGAGGACACGCUCCGCGGCUCCGGGUGUCCGCAACUAUUUAUCUCGUGUGUGUCCAUUUGUGGGUGAAGUUUGUGCGCCUGGUUUUUGUUUGGAAAAUACUGUGCGUGGUCACGGGGGAGUGAUGCGUUUCUUUCUAAUCUUUGAAAACUUGGGUCUCCCAUUUCUUGGUUGCACUGAAAAUGCCGCCCAGCUCGAUGGUGUUCCCGAGCUGCCCCUCACGCCCCCGCCCCGCCCCCACCCCCCUUCUCCCCACGUGCUCCCCCCACCCUCGUCCUCCCUCCAGUCGUGAGUUUGGGAAGCCCCAGGGCCUCUCUCCCCCGCCCCUCCUGGAUGAGGCCACCACCCACCACACCGGCCUGUUUUGCAGUUUCCCGUGAUCCUGGAAGCUCGCUGGCGCUGGAGGGUGGCGGGGACACGGGGGCGGGGAGGGGCCGAAGGGGACGUUCCUUACCUUUUCUAGUGCGUUCUAUCAUAGUUAACGGUUGCACACUUUUUUUAAAAAGUAAAUGGAUUUGCCACAAUUAAAUGUCAUAACAUUUAUGACAAUAUAAAAUAUUAACAUAUUUUAAGCCAAGUUUUAGGUGUAUUUUUUGAAUCUUGGUUAUAAACCCAAUUUUAAAGGGCGAUGUAUCCAGCGUUGUGAAGGCAACAGAGUGUACCCAUAUUUAUAUUUUUAUAAAAUACCUAUAAGACUGUGAAUCUCUUGUGCUCAUGGCUGAGUGAAUUGAAGGACCGUUUUGCCCCUUCUCAGCCUCCCAGAGCUUCGAGGACUCCGUUCGAAUCCGAAAUCCUGCCGUGGGGGAGGGGCCGCUUCGAGACCUGGGGCCGGGAGGUUCUCCUGCGUCACUUUGGUCCCGAAAGGCGCCCUUCCUGGUUUCUGUGGCUCUGAUUUUCUAUGCAGCCCCACACCCCUUCUUGUUUUGAUCCUGAGAAAUAAAAGGGAGGCUGAAUUAUUCAAAUUUAAAUGAGGUUUCCCCUUCAUGGAAGGGCUGCUGACCCUUCGUGCAGAAAUGGGGAGCACUUGAGGACACAGGUGGGUGGAGGCCCUUUGUGCGUGGCUGGUCCUAUUCGGGCGGCCCUCUGUGGCUUUUUAUAAAACUUUGUGUGAGAAGAAUAUAUUGAUAAUGUCAGUGAAACAAGCAGACAUUGAAAUGGAGGCACAGAUUACUCCACAAGGAGUUCUUCUGUAUAUUUUUUCUAGAUGCAAAUACCUUUUUAAUUAUGUUAAUUAAUGUUAAGACUUUCUAGGCUUAUAUCGAAGCUGUGUGGGUCACGGGAUGAUCACGUCUAACUGGAUAAAGUCUGUGCAGCACAUUCCUGAGUGUACGAUACUGACUUGUAGCCCAGUGUGAAAAAUUUAUAAAUAAAUUUUUCAUUGAUCUUUUUAUAUUAAA